GUUGCACAGCAUCGAGCGAAUGUGCGUUUGUGGUGGACGCGCUCGUCGCUGAAAGAACACACGGCCGGUCUGUCAAACGCGAACAUCCCUCUAUUUUUCCCCAAAUUGGAGUGCAUCGACAACGCGAAUCAAUCGCACUUGCACCGACUAGAAGCCGUCGUCGCCGCGAAAUGUGUACGCCCCGGUGCUAGUUUACGCUCGAUCGGAGCCGCGGACGUGAGAGGGUUGUGCGGUGGGUGGUUGUAUUUUCGACAGAGGGGUGGAAGUCCAGCCGGCGCGACGUUUUGUAAGGAGGGAACCUGCAGGAUGGGGUGCACUUCUUCGGCGGAAGAGCGGGCAGCCCUGGCCAGGAGCAAGCAGAUCGAGAAGAAUCUGAAAGAGGAUGGGAUUCAGGCGGCCAAGGACAUCAAGCUGCUCCUGUUGGGUGCCGGAGAAUCGGGGAAGAGCACGAUAGUAAAACAAAUGAAAAUUAUCCACGAAAGUGGCUUCACCCCAGAGGACCAUAAGCAAUAUCGGCCGGUGGUCUACAGCAAUACGAUACAAUCCUUGGUAGCUAUUUUACGGUCAAUGCCAAAUCUCGGAAUUAGUUACGGGAAUAACGAGAGAGAAAUUGACGGCAAAAUGGUGUUCGACGUGAUCCAGAGGAUGGAGGACACGGAACCGUUCUCAGAAGAACUCUUAGCGGCAAUGAAAAGAUUAUGGACUGAUUCGGGAGUGCAGGAGUGCUUCGGCCGUUCCAACGAGUACCAGCUCAACGAUUCCGCGAAAUAUUUCUUAGAUGAUUUAGAUCGGCUGGGAGCGAAGGAUUAUCAACCAACAGAACAAGACAUAUUAAGAACAAGAGUGAAAACUACGGGUAUAGUCGAAGUACACUUCUCAUUUAAAAACCUCAAUUUCAAAUUAUUCGACGUCGGUGGGCAGCGGUCGGAGAGGAAAAAAUGGAUACACUGUUUCGAGGACGUGACUGCGAUCAUAUUUUGUGUAGCUAUGAGUGAAUACGAUCAGGUCCUGCACGAAGACGAGACGACAAACCGCAUGCAAGAGAGCUUAAAACUAUUCGACUCGAUCUGUAAUAACAAAUGGUUCACCGACACAUCCAUCAUUCUCUUCCUAAACAAAAAGGACCUGUUCGAGGACAAAAUUAGGAAAUCGCCUUUAACGAUAUGUUUUCCCGAAUACGCAGGUGCGCAAGAAUACGGCGAAGCAGCGGCGUACAUUCAAGCGCAAUUCGAAGCGAAAAAUAAAUCGACAACCAAAGAAAUCUACUGCCACAUGACGUGCGCCACCGAUACGCAUAACAUCCAAUUCGUAUUCGACGCCGUCACCGACGUCAUCAUAGCGAACAACCUGCGCAACUGCGGCCUCUACUAAGCACACCCCCGUUCGAUUAAUAUGUUUUGUUCUCGCAGUGACAAGGCGAUACGCACCAGUAUGUAUGUUUAUGUUUUUUUUUUAUUUUUUGUUCGUUCUUUUUGAUUGAUUGCAUUGUCGCUUCGGCGACGCCUCGGCGUCUCCAGGAUUCGUUUGAACGGCGGACAUCUUGAGGUAAGCUGAUGGAACUGUACCAAAGUCGAGUGAGAUCUUGAAAAUUGUGUUCUUCUUUUGUUCUUAUUAUUAUUAUUUGUUUCGUUUAAAAAGGAUUUAUUAUUAGAUUGUAAAUGAAAAAAAAAAGUCGAUAAGUAGCUUUGCGCUUGAUUAUGGAAGGCGUGGUUCGUUUGAACUGCCGAAGAUGAACGUCAGAUGGCUAUUAUUAAUGUUUUUUAUCGAUGAUGAAUGCACAAUAUGUUGAAAAUACGCGCACACAUUAACCGCUGAAUUUGUCAACGUGUACAAAUUACAAAAUACACAGUUAAACGCCACUUAUAUCUUCUCAAAAUAUACAUUGCAUUUUAAAUGAAUUAAUCGUUAUUGUUUUGUGUAAAUGAUUCGUGCCAUUUGAAAAAGAGAUUGAAGUUGUUCAUGUGUACUAAUUAUUAUUUUUUUUUCCUCUAAGUUAUUUGUUUUUUCAUUAAGGUUUAAGAAUAUUUUUCUAAGUCUAAGUAAUGUUAUUUAUGAUUAUAUAAUUUUAUUAUGAAGAAAAUUAACUUUAUUCAAAUAUUAGGUUUUAGUUACCAAAUAUUUUUUACAAAUAAUUACCUCUACUUACAUGUGUAUACACCAGAACCAAAAAAAAAAUACUAAUACUUUCAGCUCAAAUUAGAUACAUAUAUAAUUCCCUUUUUGUAAAACGUUUCGAAAAUGCAAUCGAGUAAUAUACAGGAAGUUUCAAAGACACAAAAAAGAGCGUACAAUUGAUAUCUCAACACAAUUUUCGUGAGUCAAUUUAUCUUUUAUAGUUGAUCUAUUGCAGCUCCUCCGUUACGUCAUCGUUUAUGUUUAUCAGGGUAGGCGUUAUAUCAAAAAACUAAUUAGUCAAAUUAAAAUUAGUCCGUAUGCAAAUGCAACCGAUGCUCGAGCACGUGACGUUAUUGGAAACCAACUGGGCAAAUCAACUAUAGAAAAUAGUCAAUACAUUCAAUAUGUUGUUAACAAUUGCUCAACUUGUACCAGUGGUAACUCUAAUUAUUACCAUUCUACAUAAUAAUAUAUCACUAGUCUGUAAGGGAUGUUUAGAAGUUGAAGUUAAAUUCUUGAAUUUCCAAACGCGUAUUCGAAGAUUAUUCGGAUCGAAUGAGAUUUUUUAUUAGUUUUUGAAAACUCUCCGUCAGCGACAAAAAAUGAAAAUGGGAAAAUUCCUGUAUGUUUACUUAUUCGUUUUCACAUGGCUUUUGAAAAAUUCAAAUAUAUUUUUAUCCGUAAUUCGUUCUAAUUGUAUUGCCUACUUGUGCAUUAUUAUUUUUUUAUACUGUAUAAUAACAACAGUUAGAGGUCGUACCAAUUUAUUAUACAGUAUGGAAGACAUACGUUCGGAAAUUAAGAACAACCAAAAAAAGGACAUUUAUUAAUAGAGAUAUAAACUAUACAUUUAAUGUGUACAUAAAAAUAUAUGGCGCUUUUCAGUAAAAAAAAAUAAGUAGCUUCAGUACCAUUUCGUAGAAUAGUCUUAUGUAUUUUCGUUUUGUUAACGUAUUUAUUUUUAAACAUGCAUUUUAUAAGUGAUACAUUCCUAAAGCAACGUAUUUUGUAUCUCUCCAUCUCCAUUUUUUAUCCAUGAAACAAUAAAUCCAAACAAUUCAUUGGUAUACAAUCAUCCAUAUUAGCUGAAAAUGUACUUGACAUCGUACAACCCAACGGAAAUUAACGAUGAAUAUUUCUAAAAAAAACAAACUAUACCUACUGUGUAAAAUGCAAGAACAGUCUUCUCUUUAAUACAAUUGAACCCUUAAAAAAUUCAUGUUAAUUUCCUCGUAAAAUACGUCAAGUCUGUUAUUGUGUAUAAAUAAAAAAUAGAUUUGUAAGUAUUUAAUGUUUGGUAGAAUAUUGACUAUCAAGUCUAUUGAUUUUUCUAGUCAAGUUUAUUUUCUAAUUGUAACUUUGGCAUUAUAACAUUUUGUAAUUUAUUUCGAGAAAAAUAAAAAUUAAAAAAAAUUGAAAACACAUUUGUUAUUUUAAUGCCAGAAUAUUUUAGAAGUCUCUCUGAAAUACACGGACGUACGUCGCAUAUAUAAGAGACCAAAAGUGUAUUUCGCAUCUAAUACAGAUAGGAAAAUGUAGUCCAAAGUGGACAAAAUAUAUAAGUUUUUAUAGUCGGAUAUCAUUUAACUAACUUCUCCAAAAACGGCAUCCUAGAGCAAAUCGCAAUACGCCUAUAAACACUUUAGUAUAAUCUCUAUUGUAAUUUCGAAUUUUUGAAUUGGCCUACAAUUAAUUCAAAAAAAAAUUAAUAUAAGGGAUGUCGUUUUUGUACGCUUAAUAAUCUUAAAUGAAUGUUAUUUUAAUUACAUCUAAUGUAUAUUUUUAUUUACCGUAAAUAUUCUCUAAAUCACAAAUUUAAUCAACGAGAUUCGCUUAAUUGCACUCGCAAUUAAGAGGAUAGUGCAAUGGAAAUCUGCAACAAUUUUAAGUUAUUUCAGGUAAGAGAAUGUUAAGCUAUUUCAGGCGCGAAUUUGAUAAAAGUUUAUUCGAAAGUACGAUUCACAAAAAUUCCUCAGAAUCUUAUUAUGAACUGUUAUCAAAAUUUCGACGUUUUUGCACGCAAAAUGUUCUUUGAAUGUUCUUUUUGUCACUAUUGCAACUAUCUGAAAUAUUGUUGUCGGUUUAAUGAACUAUCCGCAUCUCGUUGGUAUGCAUGUUUUCCAAAAAUGUGUUCCUCAAUUGCGUUAUUUUUUUUUUCUAUCACAUACGCUGAAACAAUUAACUUUGCUCAUGUAAUGGAAUAUUUAAGACCAUUCAGCUCGAUUUUCGUUUACCUUAAACGGCUGUACAAGCGAAAAAAUUGUAUUGUUGAGUAGUUAGUACAUCAAAUGAAUAAUAUAAUAUGAUAAAUAUGGGUAAGUUGUAAGAAAAUCUACGACUCUAACAAUUAAAUGUUUCUUAAUUGUUAUUUAAUUUGCACAAUUUAUGAGACAAAUAUUCCUAAUAAGUCACUCUGUUUUAAUCAUUUGAAUUGUACAAAUUGCAUUCGACUCUUUUUUAUACUUACCCGUAGGGACCACAGAGCAUACGAUUUUGAUUUAUUUUUUCUUACAAUUUACUUAUUAUUACUAUUCAUGCAUGUGCAUUGACCUGUUACACUAUAUUAUUAUAAGUCGGUUGAAUUUAAGGGAUUUGCGCUAGUUAGCAUGAAUGGAUUUUUUCAAAUAUCAGUAAUGUAACUUUCAGAAAACAGAGAUCAUUGUUACUCUCAUUGUAUGUUUGUUUCUUUGUGAUGUGAAUAUGAUAAAUAAAUUUUACCCAUUUCGAACA